GUGAUGUCAGAGAACUACAGCAACUUGGCCUCCCUGGCAGAGGACUAUUAUAAAGGUGGAAAAGUCUUUGAGCAAAUGUCCAAUCACAAUAUACAUCAGUUUAUUCCUAUUGUGGAGAAGACACACAAAGGAAGUAAAUGUGUCCAGUCUUUUCAGCAGUCUUUAAAUUACACUGAACAAGAGAAUGUUCAUACUGGGGAGGAGGCUUACAAAUGGAAUCCUUGUGGCAGAAUCUCCAGUCAAGUAUUCAAUCUAAAUAAAAUGAAAAAAAUCCAUAGUGGAGAAAAACCUUAUAAAUGUCAAGAUUCUGGUAAAACAUGUAAUUGGCUGUCAGGUUGCACUGUAAAUCAGAGAAUUUAUACUGGAGAGAAGCCUUAUAAAUGUACAGAAUGUGGCAAAGCAUUCAGUGAGUCCACAAAGCUUAAUCAACAUCAGAAAGUUCAUACGAGAGAGAAGCCUUAUAAAUGUGGAGAAUGUGGCAAAGACUUUGGCCGCUAUUCACUUCUUACUAGACAUCAGAGAGUUCAUACUGGAGAGAAGCCUUAUAAAUGUACAGAAUGUGGCAAAGCCUUUAGCCAGUCCUCAGCCCUUCCUGGUCAUCAGAGAGUUCACACUGGAGAGAAACCUUAUAAAUGUAGAGAAUGUGGCAAAGCCUUUAGUAGAUCCUCACACCUUAUUAUUCAUCAGAGAGUUCAUACUGGAAAGAAGCCUCAUAAAUGUACCGAAUGCGGCAAAGCAUUCAGGGACUCCUCACAUCUUAAUCGACAUCAGAGAGUUCAUACUGGAGAGAAGCCUUAUAAAUGUACAGAAUGUGGCAAAGCAUUCAGGGUCUCCUCACAGCUUAAUCAACAUCAGAAAGUUCAUACUGGAGAGAAGCCUUAUAAAUGUGGAGAAUGUGGCAAAGCCUUUGGCAGCUCUUCACUUCUUACUAAACAUCAGAGAGUUCAUACUGGAGAGAAGCCUUAUAAAUGUACAGAAUGUGGCAAAGCCUUUAGCCAGUCCUCAUCCCUUACUGGUCAUCAGAGCGUUCACAUUGGAGAGAAACCUUAUAAAUGUAGAGAAUGUGGCAAAACCUUUGGUAGAUCCUCACACCUUAUUAUGCAUCAGAGAGUUCAUACUGGAGAGAAGCCUUAUAAAUGUACAGAAUGUGGCAAAGCAUUCAGGGACUCCUCACAGCUUAAUCGACAUCAGAGAGUUCAUACUGGAGAGAAGCCUUAUAAAUGUACAGAAUGUGGCAAAGCAUUCAAGGUCUCCUCACAGCUUAAACGACAUCAGAAAGUUCAUACUGGAGAGAAGCCUUAUAAAUGUGGAAAAUGUGGCAAAGUCUUUGGCAGGUCCUCAAACCUUACUAAGCAUCAGAGAAUUCACACUGGAGAAAAUCCUUAUAAAUGUACAGAAUGUGGCAAAGCCUUUAGCCAGUCCUCAUCCCUUACUGGUCAUCAGAGAGUUCACACUGGAGAGAAGCCUUAUAAAUGUACAGAAUGUGGCAAAGCAUUCAGGGACUCCUCACAGCUUAAUCGACAUCAGAGAGUUCAUACUGAAGGGAAGCGUUAUAAAUGUACAGAAUGUGGCAAAGCCUUUGGUAGAUCCUCACAACUUAUUAUGCAUCAGAGAGUUCAUACUGGAGAGAAGCCUUAUAAAUGUAGAGAAUGUGGCAGAGCCUUUAGGCAUUCUUCAUCCCUCACUUAUCAUCAGAGAGUUCAUACUAGGAACCCCAGAGACCAUGGCAGCUUUGCAGUUGAAACCUUUUAUUAUUUUGGAUGCAAAAGUAUUUUGUAUAAUGACAGCAUGACCAGAGCUAUGUCAUCUGAAGAUGACCAUGCCUUUAUGCCAAAGACCAGAAUACAAGAUUUAUUCUCUGAAUUGAUACUGAGUACACAUAAUGGAGACAGUUGUGAUCAAUGGAAUGAAAAUCGGAAAAAAUUUAAGCAAGUCUUAUAUCUUAAUCAUUGGAGAAGCGAGUUUGCAGAUGAGCAUUAUAAAAUUGGAAGAGUCUGUGACCCAAGGUGCAAUCACAAAAUACGUGAGGUUAUUCCUAUUGUGGAGAUGACACACAAAGGAAAUAAAUGUGUCCAGUCUUUUCAACCGUCUACAAAUUACACUGAACAAGAGAAUAUUCAUCCUGGGGAGAAAGCUUACAAAUGGAAUUCUCGUGGUAUAAUUUCCAGUCAAAUAUUCAAGACAAAUAACGUGAAAAAAAUCCAUAGUGGAAAAAAAUCUUAUAAAUGUAGAGAAUGUGAUAAAGAAUUCCUUCACGCCUCAAAUCUGAAUCGACAUUGUCAAAUUCAUAAUGGAGAGAAACGUUACAAUUGUAGAGAAUGUGGCAAGGCCUUUAGAUGGUUCUCACACUUUACUACGCAUCAGAGAGUUCAUACUGGAGAGAAGCCUUACAAAUGUAGAGAAUGUGGCAAAGCUUUUAGCGAUUUUUACUGUCUUAAUACACAUCAGAGAGUUCAUACAGGAGAGAAACCUUAUAAAUGUGGAGAAUGUGGCAAAUCCUUUAGCCAGUCUUCAUCCUUUACUUAUCAUCAGAGAGGUCACACGGGAGAGAAGCCUUACAUAUGUAGAGAAUGUGGCAAAGCUUUUAGCGAUUUUUCCUCUCUUAAUUCACAUCAGAGAGUUCAUACAGGAGAGAAACCUUAUAAAUGUAGAGAAUGUGGCAAAACCUUUAGCCAUUCUUCAUCGCUUACUUGUCAUCAGAGAGUUCAUUCUGGAGAGAAGCCUUAUAAAUGUAGAGAAUGUGGCAAAUCCUUUGUCAGCUCCUCACACCUUGCUUCACAUCAGAGAGUUCACAGAGGAGAGAAGUCUUAUAAAUGUAGAGAAUGUGGUAGAGGAUUUUCGCACACCUCAAGCCUGAAUGAACAUCGUCAAAUUCAUAAUGGAGAGAAACAUUACAAAUGUAGCGAAUGUGGCAAAACCUUUAGACGGUUCUCACACCUUACUAGGCAUCAGAGAGUUCAUACUGGAGAGAAGCCUUAUAUAUGUGGAGAAUGUGGCAAAGCUUUUAGCGAUUACUCCUACCUUAAUAUACAUCAGAGAAUUCAUACAGGGGAGAAACCUUAUAAAUGUAGAGUAUGUGACAAAGCCUUUAGUCAUUCCUCCUCUCUUAAUAGACAUCAGAGAGUUCAUUCUGGAGAGAAGCCUUAUAAAUGUAGAGAAUGUGGUACAUCCUUUAUCAGCUACGCAAGUCUUACUAAUCAUCUAAGUGUUCAUACUUAAGAUAGGCCUUAUAAGUGUAGAGAAUGUGGUAAAGGAUUCCUUGACGCAUCAAACCUGAAUGGACAUCGGAAAAUUCAUAAUGGAGAGAAACAUUACAAAUGUAAAGAAUGUAACAGCCAUUUAUCAAUGUUCAUGCCUUACAGUACAGCAGAGAGUUCAAACUUCAUAGAAGUCUUACAGAUGUGAGGAGGGUUGUAAGUCCUUGACCAGCUGUGAGAACUUACUGAACAUCACCGAAUUCAUACUGGAAGGAAUCCUUAUGAAUGUGAAAAAUGUAAAAAGCCUUUAAUAGCCAUUCGGAUAUUACUGUACUUGGAGACUUCAUUACAAAAAGAUACCUUACAAAUGUAGAGAAUGGGUUGGAGCCUUUAUCCAAAGCUCAAAAUUUACUGAACAUCAGAGAUUAUUUAGUGGAUGAAAGUCUUAGACUGUGAAAAAAAA